GAUUAACCAUGACGAGCGGUUGGGUGUAUUCGUGAAAGCGGCGUUAUUAAAGUUUUAUUGCCAAUUGAAAUGAAAUCAUUAUACAACAAAAGCAAAUGAAAAAGAAAAAUUGAAGGUGUGAAAAUCAUGUCAGAAGCACAUAAAGUCAGACAGCUUAUGACUAUUGUGAAAAGCGUAAAAUACUAAAAACUCAUCAUACUCGCCUGAACACACACUCAAACACACACACACUUACAAACACACAACUACGUACUUACAUAUCCAACGCACAUAUCGCCAGCUAUCAGCAAAAAAACUGGCACAAAAUUCAAACAAAAGCGAACCCACAAAGCAAAAAAGUAAAUCAAAUUGAAAGAAAAUCUGUGGCAAGGACACGCACGAAAACAAGCAACGCGUGAUUUGUGUUAAUUAGUAGUGAGACGCGUAAGCGCUGUGAAAAGUGUGUUUGAAAAGCAAACAGAAACCUCAGCAUAAACUACUUUGCAAGGCAAUCCUUUAACAGCGGCAAAGGCAGCAACAAAUGCCUACUAAAUAUAAUGCGAAGAAAAGACAAAAAAUCAUACGAAGCGAGCAACGCAUAAAUCAUUUGCUUUGAUUUUGUUUGUCCACUUUGUUGUGAAUGUGUGAGUGUUCUGGACAUUCGCGUGGGCAGCGGUCAACAGCAACUUAGGUGCUGCCAUAAACAGAGAAAAUAUAAACUUUUAUACUGAAACCGAACCUGUAAAGAGCGCUUGGAAAAGAUAAACCAAAACAAAAGCAAAAACAAUUUUUAAUUUUCAUACCAGCUCGAAAUUAUAUUUAUUUUCGAUCUUAAUUUGACGUACAUAGUUACUUACACGUUCCACCCUUUACUUUCCCCCACACAGCAGGCGCACGAGUAAAUUGCGUGCAGAACAUUUUGAGUGGAAAAAUAUAUUAGUAAUGAAUUAGUAUUCCAGUAAAUGGGCGGAGUAAGUUUGACAGUCUGUGAUUAACUCACGCAAAGCAAAAGUAAAAAAUCUAAAAAUAUACAAAAAUAAUACAAAAAAUUUAAAGCAGAAAAUGAAACGAAUAAAACGACCUAUCACCGCGCGCAUACUCAAGUAGGUCUGUAGACCAAAAUAUCUUCUGCAUAUCGAAAGAAAACGCGAACACAGCCAAAAAAUACUUAGGCUACUCAAAUACUCAACCAAGUGAAAUUCAAGAGCGCUCCUACGCUUAACCCUUCAAAACUAAAAAAAAAAGAAAAAAAGGGAACAUAAACUAACAAAAGACUCAACAUGCAUUUGUGCGCGCACACAAAGCCCUAAACCUAACCAACUACUAUUUGGCACAGCUGAGGCAGCAGUUACAAUAUCGGAAAAAAUGCAAAAUCAACAAAAACAGUGCUAUACCACCUGCCGCUGCAGGCACCAGCAGCAGCGCUUACAUUCGCCUACACCUUCUCAGCAACAACAUCAGCAUAAACAUCAACAUCACCCAUGUCGAAAGACACCAGAGCCACAAAGGCGCGUCAAAUUUCAUACUGUUCCUCGCUUGCUGUCACCCCUGUGGCUCCUACUCAUCUCUCUGGUCCUGCUCACCGGUCAAUCACCCGUGUCGCUGGCCACACGCUACAACCGUCAAAGUCAGGGCCACAUAUCGUAUGGUGCCGCAAGUGGCGGCAACAGCCUGCCCUCGCCGCACUUUCCUCUCGAUGCCAAUACGAUGUACCCAGGUGGCGCUGCUGGCAAACAUCACGCCAACAUCAAUAACGACGUGUACUCGGUGGCCGACAGCCAGGCCAUGACCGAUGAUUAUAUGGCGCAAUUCGGUAAGCCACCUGCUCCGCCACCACCGGUGCUGCCACCAUACCACACGCACUCGCACGCCUCCGCUGUCGAUAAUACGCUAAUCAUACACCAACAGGCGCAGUUGAGCAGCUGUCAGACGGUGUGUGCAUGCAAGUGGAAGGGCGGCAAACAGACGGUGGAGUGUAUCGACCGUCAGCUCAUACAGAUACCCGAAAAUAUCGAUCCGUCGACACAGGUGUUGGACAUGUCGGGUAAUAAGCUGCAAACGCUGUCGAAUGAGAAAUUCAUACGCGCCAAUCUGUUGAAUCUACAGAAGUUGUAUUUGCGCAGUUGCAAGAUAGGCGAAAUCGAACCGGAAACGUUUAAGGGACUAACUAAUUUGGUUGAACUAGACUUGUCGCAUAAUUUGCUGGUGGUUGUACCUUCGCUGGCACUUAGUUAUAUAUCAUCGUUACGCGAACUGACGCUGGCCUCUAAUCACAUACACAAGAUCGAGUCGAACUCAUUUGCCAGCACACCUGCGCUACACAAACUGGACUUGUCGCACUGUGACAUUCAGUCUGUGGCACCACUGGCCUUUGAUGGUCUGGAAAGUCUGACGCUUCUGCGACUUAAUGGCAACAAGUUGAGUGUAUUGCUGCCACGCACCAUCGAGACGUUGAGCAGACUGCAUGGCAUCGAGUUACAUGACAAUCCUUGGCUCUGUGACUGUCGCAUGCGCGACGCGAAACUUUGGUUGACCCAAAAGAACAUACCCUAUCCGGUGGCGCCGCUAUGCUCGGGUGGACCCGAACGUGUAAUUGAUCGUACCUUCUCCGAUCUGCAAGUGGAAGAUUUUGCCUGCCGGCCAGAAAUGUUGCCCAUCAGCCACUAUGUGGAGGCAACAAUGGGCGAGAAUGCUUCGGUAGUGUGCCGUGCAAAGGCCAUACCUGCGGCGGUCAUUAAUUGGUACUGGAAUGGCAGGCUGCUAACGAACAACAGCGCUUUCAGUUCCUAUCAACGCGUGCAUAUCUACGAUGAUGGACACUUUGAGAAGCAUUCGCGCCUAGUGCUUACUAAUGCGCAGGAGACGGACUCCAGCGAAUUUUACUGCGUGGCGGAGAACCGCGCUGGCACAGCAGAGGCCAAUUUCACGCUGCAUGUAAGUAUGCGCGCCGCAGGCAUGGCGUCGCUGGGCAGCGGGCAAAUUGUCGGCCUUAGCGCAGCACUCGUGGUGUUAAUUGUAUGCAUUUUGCUGGCGGUUAUGUUUCUGCUUAUGCGCGUAAAGCGCCAGCCGUACACCGAAAGCAAGACCCCCAACCACAUGGAGGUGGUGACGAGUGUCAAUCAUCAGAAUUCCAUAACGAACAAAACUCAACCUAUAACCGGAAACGGCAGCAUAGGUGGCGUGGUCAUUGCGAAUGGCGCCAUACCGAAUUGUAUUGACACAGCUGGCACAUUGGAGCGGAAGAGCAGCGCGGCAAUGUUAGCAAAUGAAGCAGGUUUCGCCAACCCGGUGCAAAAACCCCCGCGCCUCACCGAUCUGCCCUAUUCAGCUACUGGAUACGACAACAACGGCAGCGUGCUGUCGACUGUACCGUGUUUUCUCUCACCCACGGCAUCGGCUGGCAACAAUCCGGAUCUCAUAAAUGACACAAAACGUUUUGGCAGCGAUGAAUUCGCCGACCUGAAAAUACCAGCAAUAUUAACGGCAAACUUAGGUACCGAGCUGGGUAGCUCGAGUGGCGAGUAUAGUCGCGCAGGCGGUUGUGACUCACUUUAUCCUUCGGGCUUGUGGGAGAAUGCGCCAACGGGCACCUCCUCGGCGGACGAUCUCUUCCUGAAGCGUUAUACCGACAAAACACCCAUUAUUGAGUCGAAUCAACUCUACGAUCUGCACGAACGCACCAUCGACUACUUCAGCAAAACAUUUCCGCGCACGCACUAUAACAACCUGCAACUGGCCGGCGGCUGUGGGACGACCAACAGCAAUAUUGGCAAUGACACCAACGGUAUGAUGCACAAUCCAUCCACCUCAUCGGCAGCACUGCUGCAUAACUCAAACGGCGGCAUGGGCGGCAUGAGUGGUGGCACACAUUCGACCGCUUCGACAACCACCACUAAUCUUUCGGGUUCGUCAAGCGCUGGUGUGGGUGGCGGCUAUCCCAACGACUAUGGCUUACCGUUGGUACCAGGCGCCGAACACCAACACAAUCAUCACCUGCAAAUGCAUCCACUACAGCAGUUGCAACAGCAUAUGGCAGCAGCAGCGACGAACCAGCACAACAGCAGCAAUAGCAACCACAGUAGUCCACAUUUCAGUAGCAGAACAUUGCCUCGCCUGCACGAGCACAGCAACAGCGGCAGUAGCAGCAGCGGUGCAGGACUCAGCAGCUCAAGAUCUUCACCCACACCGGCGGCUGCGACGCCCACAGUGGCGACUACAGUGACGCAAAGCGCAACGGGACAAGCGCAUACCUCCAUACUUCCGAACGGACAGCCGGUGAAUGCCAAGACAAUACGCGUGUGGCAGAAGGGCGGAGUGCCAGUACUGCCGCCGGUGACGGCGCUGAAACGAGCAUUGACGAGCAAUAGUCGCAACUCACCGGACGAGGGCUAUCAGGAGGGAUGCGGCACUGAUGUGUAAAACGAGAAAGCGAGCGGAACAGCGGCGUCCAUGGCGUUGUAGACAAACGAAAUUUGUAAUUGCUAAUUUUGGUAUAGCGGAAACACAUCGCAAAAUUCUUGUACAUAUGAAGUUUGAGCUGCGUCUGUCUGUUUAUUUGAUGGCAGAGUACGAUUCCACUUUUUAUUUAAGGCUUUAAAAUAGACAUUUAUUUUUUGAGUUAUUGAGCGUUUUUGUUAAAUUUUGUAAAUAGAUCGAUUUUAUAUUAUAUUUUAUACCUGUAUAGAGCAACAACAACUAUUACAGCUCCAACAAUGUUUUAAGAAAUCUAAAAGUAAAUUAUUUCCCAAGUGUGUUUAUAUAUUUUUGUAUUUUUUAUUAUUAAUUUUUUUAUUUUUUGUUUUUGUUAAAAAUUAUGUCUAAUUUGCACCAACAACUCGUCAGCAGACUGCGUGGAAGGAGAGUAAAAUGACGAAUAGAUUUUUGUAUUGAGCAGCUGCGCUCCCAACUCACCCACAAACAUACGAGUGUGCGUGCGUGUGUGGGAGCGUGGCAUCGCGUAACUACUACUACUGCAGCUGGCAAGUAGUAUAAAACAUGAAUGUGAUAGUGUUUGAUUAAUUCAUAACUGAAGAUAAUAAUUGGAAAAAGCAAAAAGUACGACUAUGUUUUGUCACAAGCAACAUAUAAAUGCAUAAGUCACAUAGUAAAUGAAUUUCGAAUGCAUAACUACGAGUAUACUUUUAGGAUUAGUGUAAAUAAUUAAUUGUAAUAAGCUAAGUAACCUACGUAAUUAAAAAAUAUGAAUAAGUUGUAUUAAAAAAAGAAAACAAAAACCAAAAAACAAAAAAAAAUAUGAAUCGCAGUGUUUCAAAGUUGUGAGAAAUACUUAUGUAUAUACAAAAACAAAAAAAAUUAAAUAAAAUAAAAUCGCGAAAUAUAGAAAAUUAAAAAGAAACACUUGAGUAAUCAAUAAUCACCACAUACUGACUGAAAUUGUUGUAUAUUAGGAAACUUUAAAUGUUUAUGAAAAUAAAAAUUUAUGUGGCAACAAAUUUUCGGACACCCAUUGAGCGCCUCAACAGCGACAACAGAGCUGCGCGCGUUGUUCGAGUUGGGCCUUGGGUGUUCAAAUGGUUGUGGGAACGACGAAAGACAGAGGCGCAGUGUAAGUUAAAAACAAUAAAACCAUUCAUUUUGGCAAUAGAAGUACGUUUGUGACUUUAUUGUUUGAAUUUUAUUUGCAUAUUUUGAAAGCAAAGUUUUUUUUGAUAAUUCUUUAAUUUGCCAAGUGAUGUUUGAGAGGUCAUUUGAUGCACGCACCAAUGAUAAGUGAAAGUUAAUAGAGCGCUUCAAGGAAGUAAAAGUAAAAAGUAAAGGCAUAUUUAGGGGCAUUUGAGGGCAUAAGGUAGGUAGUAGUAGUAGUAGUCUGGUCAAAUACUAAUUUUUUAUAGAUAUUUUUCAGGAAAAUAAAAUGCCAUCGUUUUGAUUUUAUAGCAUGUUAUGCUUGACAUCAAAUAUUAUAUUUAGUAUGCAAAAACAUUUUUUUUAACGUCUUAAAAAAAGAUUGAUGGCUUGUCAACAGGAUUUUGGCUCUUCAGGACAUCUGAACCGAAAAAGUUACACUGAUUAUUAUUAUGUAGGCUUGUUAUUCUGGCAGGUGCUACUUUCGUUACUUUUCAGCCUUAACUUUUUAUACUACAGUCAUACCCUUUUUUCAAAAGUCCGCCAUUUUGUUAUUUUUCAAAAAAUUGUUCCCAUUUCCAAAAAAAAAUCUUAAGAAAUAUCUAUAAAAAAUGAGUAUUUGACCAGUCUACUACCAUAAAGCGAGUUAUUCGCUUUCUUCUAAUAAUCAACCGAACCAUUAACCAAACCGUAAUUUUCCCAUAAAUUCUUGAUUUAAACCGAAAAUCGAACCACAUUUUUUAUGUAGACACAUUUUUUUCACCUUUUUAUUUUCUCUUUCGUUAACGCUUUGCGAUCACCAAAUUUCUCUUACCAGCUAGUCGGAGCAAAUUUAGAUUUUUAUUUGACCUUAGCAGUUUUGUCCUUGUUUUCGUAUUUGUCCCUUACUGAUUUGGCUUUUAGUGUGCUUUGAAACACAGAAUUCAUUGUAACUGAUUUUAUUGUGCUUAAUAGCAUAGCUUUCCACUGAUCUCAGAAUCGGAUGUAUAUCCGGCCAAAGACUGUCGCUUCAGCAGCAUUCCCUGUAUAUGCAUGGGGAAUGUUUAUGCUGCUACAAGAACUACGACGACUUACGAAUGCCGCCACUUUGGUGGCAUCAACCGGUAAGGGUUAAAUGUACUAUUACCUGGUUUUUUAGCAGCUGUAAAGAUCAAGGAAGAAGUUAGGUUAAGCGAGACAAAGUCCAAAGAUAUAUCAUUAAUAGAUAACAGCAACAAAACAAAUUCGGGUUCAAAACCAUGUUGAAGUUUUGAACUUUUAGAAUAAUCACCCAGACUAAGAAUUACCAAAAUUGGCACAAACUGUUUUUUUGGUGUUCUGACAACCCAAGUUUUGGUAGCGAACGCAUUUAUCGCCCUAAAAUUUAUUUUCUCAAAACUGAAGGGUCAGAGAUUUGUUAGAAAAUAUUUUUCUCGUCAGUCUUAAUUGAUUACACAGAUUUACAAAUUAUUAAUAAUUUCUUUUAGCCAAGCACCAGACCAUUCAACCAUGUAAAACUAGCCGCGGAGCGCAAAAAUAUAUGUAAUUUUUUUGUUGUCAUGCACUUUUUGUGAAAAUGCCAAAUAUCAAUUUUGGAUUAAAGAAAAAAAAUUAGAUCACGUAAAUUUCUCAUUUCUAAGGAAUGAAAAACUGAAAAUAACUGAUAUAU